UAAAGCGAGACAGUAUUCACGUCCGCAUCGAAAGGGUCAACAAGUUGUCGAAUCCAGAGGAAAGAGAGUCUAUGGCUUGUCUUAAAGAAAUCGCUACGUUUUUGUUUCUUGGGUUCUUGCUGGAUUUCUCAAGAGCAAGAUAUAAUGAUAAACAGCUCACAGCGUUCGGCACAGACCAAAACAUCGAUAGAACUCAAGAGUCGUUGAUACUCAAUUCAUGGAUGGAAUCAGAGAGAGUGACUUUUGGAAGGUCGAAACGUCAAAUUAAAUCAAAGAAGAGGACCUCGAGAUAUCGUUUGCCAUACUUCCCUCUAUAUCCAAUAGACCUACCAGAGUGUAAAGACAAGGAACGUGAAGCAAAGAGUGGAAUGUGUAAAUCCUGGGCAAAGUCUGAUUUCUGUAAAAAAGCAAAGUCCGUGAUGGAAACGUACUGCCCGAAGGAAUGCGGAUUUUGCAAACAAUUCAGUCCUCCGGGAUGUCAAUCGAGGAAACAUGGCUGUUGUUGGAAUAAUUUACGUGCCAGAGGGCCAAAUGGACAAGGAUGCCCAGUCUGUCAAGACUCUUAUAGACGCUUGUGCAAACUUUUUGGCCACCUAUGCUCCCAAAAGGGAACAAGUGGAAAGUUCGUUCGAUAUCACUGCUUCCAAACAUGUGGAUGGUGUGACAAGGUUGCUCAGCUCAGAGCUGAAGAGUCAACUGGUGCUGUGUAGUCUAUGGAAGUUCUCUGUUGCAACCAACUAUUAACAGUGUCUUGGUAUGAAACCUUUGAAGUACUGCAGACACAGACAUGAUGAAAGAACCGUCCAUUAUGAGGACUUGUGCACACUUAAUCAAAGACAUGUUAGCCACCCACAAUGAUUCUCAAUAUCAUUGUGUAUGUUUAGUGAAAAGGCUCACACAGCACAAAAGUGAUUUCAAAGAAAAACACUUGCACAAAAAUUUUGUAUUCCACAAGUUAGCUACACAUGGUGAAGGUUGUGAGAAAUCUCAGUUUGUAGCAUUUUGGUGUUUAUAUCAAUCUGUAUCUACAAUUAUAAUUGAGGGAAUUUGUGCAAAAAGGGCAUAUAUUGCUUUUGGGGCCUACUUCCAUUUUUCUGCAGCAUCAAGCAAAAUUUAGCCCUACUGACUUGUUUGCCGAGAAAAAGUCAUCAUCAUUUGUUUGGGCUGACUCAAUCCUUGUUUUUGAGAAACAUGUAUGCAAACUGUUUUAUACAUUGGGGUAUAAUCAUUUAUUGGUGCCACUAUCUUAAUCUUGAAUGGCAAUAAUUGUAAGUCUUCCAGGUCACAGUUUUAAUGAAGUCAUAUGUGUAUGUAAAGAAAACACUCUUUGAAAAUGUAAGGCAAACGUUAUUCCUACAGACAAUAGUUUUUCAAGGAUGUAUAAUAAAACAGUAAUUGCAUUCAGUAUUCCCAAGAUACUUCUGUCACUAACACAAAUCAUAACCUUAAUAAUUUUUGUUAUCAUGUUUUACUCUUUAACUCUCCCAAGAUCUGAUUGUUAAUUCUCCCCUCUAGCUUAUAAAUUAGUUCAGAGAAGUUGGUGUUGAAUCAAGAUAACAACUUCUACCUGAAAAGUUUGAGUAUUCUUGUUACCUGCUUGCUGGAAAAGGUACAGAUAUUACUGGGAGAAUUUACAUCUUAAACACUUCUGAGAGUUAAAGAUGAACAUCACUCAAUUCUCUCCUCAAUAAUCAUUACUAACACAGACCCAAGCCCUAACAGCUCCUUUUAUAUUGAAUUAUCCUUUCAGAAAUGAUAAUAAAUUAAGUUCUGUUUCCCAUAAUAUUUCUUCUUAGUCUAAGGCAGUGUACACAUAUAUUUAUAGAAAAAGUCACUAUAUAAUUUAUGCCCACUUUUUUUCUACCAAGAGUGUUUUCUGAAUCAAUUAGAUUUUUUAAUGAACCUCUUUCAUUACAGCAGGCUUAAUAAAUAUCCUUCAUGUAAAUUAGCCUUACCAGCCCUAUCAACCUGAGUAAAACCACAAGAAUGCUAGCUAAAAAGCCAGGCUGAGAAGACCUAUUUGCAUGUGUCUAAUAAUAAGAUAAUCAUUCCUACUGCAACAAAAGAUGUCUCUUUGUCCUACAACAGCCCAAGAAGCAUUGGGGGUCAUAAAUCAAUAUUGGGAAGAAAUAUUUUUUAGGGAACCAAAAGACAGUACAUUUUCGCUUAACUCUAAGAAGGUCAUACUGUAAUAUAUAGCCAAUUGAAUCAACAUAUACCAUCUGAGUGGCACAGCAGAAUAUUUGGAAUAAAGUAAAACUUAACAAA